AAUUAAAAUAAAUUUCCAAAGUACCUUGUAGCAGGUUUCUUCUUCCCCGCAAUAUAAAGAUCAAAAAAUUCAUUUGAAUCAAUUAAUGUAACGAAAAACCCUUAUUCAUCUCAAUGGCGUCCAGUCCGGCGAGUUCUUCGGCUCCACCGGGGAGUGACAAGCCGGUGAUCGUUAGGAUUAAGAGGAAAGCUAACCAGUCCCGCCUAGAUGCUUUCUGGCUCGAAAUUAAUGAAAGACCACUUAAGCGGCCAUUGCUCGACUUCGGGAAGCUCUCCCUCUCUGAUUCUUCUGCUAAAGUUGAAGAGUUGAAAAGUAGAAAGGUCUUUGUUCAGCAUGUGGACACCGUGACUACUUCUGAGGUCACCACUGAUAUUCUGCAACCGUUUGUGUCUCAUUCAGCAGCUGGCCCUGGAUCUAAAGAAAAAACUGAUACUAGAAGAUCCUUUAAGACCGAGAAUAAACAAGAGCAGUUGCUUUCUAAAGCAAAACAACAUCAAGAGAUAUUGUCCAAAAAUGCUCGCUUUGAGCAAAUUUGGAGAAGUAGAAAAGUGAAGGAUCAGUACGCUCGUGAUGAAGCCUGUAAAAUGUGCCAUCUCUAUGAUAUUGUUCGUGUCGAGGUGAAGAGUAGCGAAAAACAUGAAGAACAAAGUUCUGAGCUGGAGGAUAUUAGGAUGAUGUCCGAUUAUUUACCUUUACUGAGAGAAGUCCUACCUAGUGCUGCAGCCGAGGUUGAACAAGAGAUUCUUGACACACACAUAAAAAGAGCAUUGCCGGAUAAUUAUGUAUAUGAUUAUUAUGCUGUUAAGGAUGAUAUGGACAUCACUGAAGAAAGUGGCAUUAGCCCUUUUCCUUUAGUGAAAGUUGAGGAAGAAGAAUUCUAUGAUGGUCCAGAUGAUUCCGACUAUGAAACUGAUGAUUCUAAUGCUGAAGGAAAUCCUAUGAAUGACUAUCCGGAUGAAGAGUCCUCGGAUGAAAAGUCUUCAGGAACUGAGUAUGAAAAGUUGAGCGGAUGCUCUGAUGACGAAUCAGAAACUGGGAGCAGAUCCUCUGGUCAUGAAUCCGAAGGUGAGAAUUCUAGUCAAACGCCUUCCAAACAUGAAAUGCUAGACUCAGACGGUGCAUACCCUCUGUCCGAAGGCGAAACAAUUGAUGACUAUGUUGAUUGGGAUGCUUACGAUGAGGAAUUCUUGGGGUGAAGAAGAAUGGAGAUGAUUGCAGCUCUGGCUUUUGUGCGGUUGUUCAUGUCCAUGCCAGAUAUGUGAAAUUGUGAAUACCGAGUUCUCAGAAGUGACAUAUGACAUGGUAGCAACUAAUUUAGUAGCAUCUCUAGUAGAACAUGCGUAUAGACUUACUCUGAACCUAUCAUUUUGUAAAAGACAUUAUCGUGAUGUUUGUAGUUAUGGACAUAAGGCAUUGUAUUCUUUCCAAGUUCCCAGUCAGGAAAAGAAUUCAUGUCAGGAUUGAUAAGGAUUGUUCUUUUCUUUUCUUUUUUUUUUUUGGGGGG